AUGUCCGCCGCCACCCUUCCCCCGCAAGCUUCCACAGCCAACGCCAAUGCCCUUGCCGAUGCUCUCGCGGCGGCUUCCAUCUCAUCCUCUUCAUCGCCCAAACCAGAUGACAGCCAGGAACUUGAAGAUGGUGAGAUCAGAGAUGAAGAUGAUCAAGAACAGGAUGAUGGGAAGGUGAAGACUGUCUUUGACGAUGCCAGUCGAUUCAAUGUCAAGCACCCCCUCUACUCCACCUGGACGUUAUUCUUCGACUCACCACAAUCAAAACUCUUACCCAAGACACCUUCAUCCACACCAGCGACUCCCUCAGGAACACAUGGGGGGUGGAUGGAAGAUAUCCGAAAAGUAGUUGCAUUCGAUUCCGUCGAAGAAUUCUGGGGGUUAUACAACAACAUCAUCCCACCUUCGCAACUACCUGGUAAAGCCAACUACUACUUGUUCAAAGACGGUAUCAUGCCUGCGUGGGAAGACCCAAAGAACAAGAACGGUGGUAAAUGGUCGAUUCAAGUGCCUAAAGAAAAGAGUAAAGGUGCGAUUGAUAAGAUGUGGCUUUAUACCAUGCUCGCUGCCAUCGGUGAGACUUUCGAAACCCCCCUUCCUGGACCAAACGACAAAGAAGCUCCCGCUCCAACUCAAUCGGACUUGGUGACCGGUGUGAUUGUCUCUUCGAGACCUGCUUUCUACCGUAUCUCAAUCUGGACCCGAUCCGCACCCGACACAGCCCUUACCGACUCUGACCCUCUGAUGGCUCGGAUUCUCACCAUCGGUAAACACUUCAAAGUUUCUGUAUUGGGAUAUGAGCUCGAUCAGAAACUGGUCACUGGCGGAUUCCAGACUGAAAUCAUGUUUGAGAGUCAUAAGGACAGUGAGAAGAAAGGUAAUAAGAACAAGAUCAUCAUCUAA